ACCUGUCUCCUGACUACCUGUCUGUCUCCUGUCUCAGGUGUGAGAAGUGUGGAGAAGGUUUUUCUGGAACGUGGGCCCUGAAGAGCCACAUGCUGGUCCACGGUGUGGAGAAGCCCUUCAUGUGUGACCUGUGUGGAAAGACCUUCUUCUAUAACUGCCAGCUGCAGAAGCACCAGCAGCUGGUCCACGGGGAGAAGCAGCGUCGGGGGGGUGGCGCGGCGGGGAGGCGGAGAGAAACCGUAGAGAAACCUUUCGGCUGUAAAGUCUGUCCGAAGAGCUUCAGCAGCUCCGCCACGCUCAGGACGCACGAGAAGAGCCACGCCGAGAACAAGGAGUUCAGCUGCGACUCCUGCGGGAAGACCUUCCACCUGAGACACCUGUACCUGUACCACCUGAGGACGCACAGCGGCGAGCGGCCGCACGUCUGCGCCGUCUGCAGCAAAGGCUUCCUGUUGCAGUCGCAGCUGAAGCAGCACGAGCUGCUGCACACCGGAGAGAAGCCGCACCGCUGCCAGACCUGCGGGAAGGAGUUCAGGACGCCGCAGAACUACCACCGCCACCUGCUGGUCCACAGCGGAGAGAAACCCUACGCUUGCUCCGUCUGCAGCAGGAAGUUCAGGCAGUCCAACCAGCUGAAGUCUCACAUGCAGAUCCACACCGGCGUCAAGCUGUACUCCUGCCAGCGCUGCAACCACGGCUUCUCCGACUCCAGACAGCUGAAGAAGCACCGCUGCGGAGACGAGCUGCAGCCGAAGAAGCACCGCUGAGGAGACGAGGAGACGAGCUGCAGCCGAAGAAGCACCGCUGAGGAAACGAGGAGACGAACUGCAGCCGAAAAAGCCCCGCUGAGGAGACGAGCUGCAGCUGAAGAAGCACCGCUGAGGAAACGAGGAGAAGAACUGCAGCCGAAGAAGCACCGCUGAGGAGACGAGCUGCAGCCGAAGAAGCACCGACGAGGAGACGAGCUGCAGCCGAAGAAGCACCGCUGAGGAGACGAGCUGCAGCCGAAGAAGCACCGCUGAGGAAACGAAGAGACGAGCUGCAGCCGAAGAAGCACCGCUGAGGAGACGAGGAGACGAGCUUCAGCCGAAGAAGCACCGCUGAGG